UCGGGCCCCGCCUGGGCCCCGACGGGCGCGCGGGGCCGCCCCUUUCCUCCUUCGCCCUGCUGGCCUGAGCCCGAGGAGUAGAAGUCGUCGCGUCCCAGUUCCCCGCGUGGCUUUUUGGUGGCGGCAGGAGGAGGAGGAACAUGGCGCUCGUGGGCAACCAAGUGGACCUGGAAGCGGACGAGGACAUUUUUGAAGAUGCCUUGGAAAUCAUGCCUAUAUCUUCUCACUCAGAUAUGGCAACAAGCAACUUUCACUUUUCAUCAUGUGAUCCCAGACGGACACCCAGACAGGGCAGAGGAGCUGAUGUGAGCAGUUCAUCAUCAACCAAGGUGGAUCUCAAGAGUGGUCUAGAAGAAUGCGCAGUGGCAUUGAACUUAUUUCUAAGUAACAAAUUUACAGAUGCUUUAGAAUUGCUUCGUCCAUGGGCCAAGGAGAGUAUGUACCACGCUUUGGGCUACAGUACCAUUGUGGUGCUGCAGGCUGUCAUGACUUUUGAGCAGCAGGACAUUCAAAAUGGCAUUUCUGCCAUGAAGGACGCCUUGCAAACCUGCCAGAAAUACAGGAAAAAAUGCACAGUUGUAGAAUCUUUCUCGAGUCUCCUUUCUCGAGGAUCACUAGAACAGCUGAGUGAAGAGGAAAUGCAUGCUGAAAUCUGUUACGCCGAGUGUCUCCUACAGAAAGCAGCGCUCACAUUUGUGCAGGAUGAAAAUAUGAUCAACUUCAUCAAAGGUGGAUUGAAAAUUAGAACAAGUUACCAAAUAUAUAAAGAAUGUCUUUCUAUUCUGCAUGUAAUUCAGAAGAACAAACAUGAACAAGAGUUCUUCUAUGAGUUUGAAGGGGGCGUCAAGCUUGGAACAGGGGCCUUUAAUUUGAUGCUGUCCCUUUUACCAGCAAGGAUUAUCAGAUUGCUAGAAUUUAUUGGAUUUUCUGGAAACAGGGAGCUGGGCCUCCUGCAGCUUCGGGAAGGUGCGUCAGGGAGAAGCAUGCGGUCUCCGCUGUGUUGCCUCACCAUCCUGGCGUUCCAUACCUACAUCUCUCUGAUACUUGGUACAGGAGAAGUGAAUGUUGUGGAAGCAGAGAAUCUCCUUGCACCCUUCCUCCAGCAGUUUCCAAAUGGCUCCCUCAUGUUGUUUUAUCAUGCGCGGAUUGAGCUGCUGAAAGGGAAUAUUGAAGAGGCACAAGAGAUAUUUCAAAAAUGCAUUUCAGUUCAAGAAGAAUGGAAACAGUUUCACCAUCUCUGUUACUGGGAGCAAAUGUGGAUUAAUGUAUUUCUACAAAACUGGGUGCAGGCGUAUUACUAUUCAGAUCUCCUUUGCAAAGAGAGUAAAUGGUCCAAGGCAACAUAUGUAUUCUUGAAGGCAGCAAUUUUGAGUAUGCUUCCAGAGGAAGAUGUAUUAGCAACUAAUGAGAAUGUGAUAGCUUUAUUCAGACAGGUGGAUGGCUUGAAGCAGAGAAUUGCUGGUAAAUCUCUCCCGACUGAGAAGUUUGCUGUGAGGAAGGCUCGGCGCUACUCCCCCUCCUUGCCUGGCCCUGUGAAGCUUGUCUUGCCAGCCCUGGAAAUGAUGUAUGUCUGGAAUGGCUUUUCAAUAGUGGGGAAAAGAAAAGACCUUUGUGAAAAUCUCUUGGUAACCAUUGAAAAGGCUGAGGCAGCUUUAGAAAAUGAAAGCUUUAGCGAUUAUUCUGUGGAUGACGAGUGCUUGGUGAAGUUACUUAAAGGGUGCUGCCUGAAGAACUUACAGCGGCCCUUGCAAGCUGAACUGUGCUUCAAUCAUGUUGUGGAAAGCGAAAAGCUGCUAAAAUAUGACCACUACUUAGUGCCAUUCACUCUGUUUGAGUUGGCCUUUUUGUAUAAAAGCCAAGGGGAAAUUGACAAAGCCAUAAAGGUCCUAGAGACUGCAAGAAACAACUACAAAGAUUACUCCUUGGAGUCCAGACUACACUUCAGAAUUCAGGCAGCUCUUCACCUCUGGAGAAAACCCUCCUCAGAUUGAUCAAAACGUGAAGAAUGGAAUUCCUCUCCAUUAGCAUUGGCAUCUGCUCUAGAUCAGUCCUUGUAUUAAAGUGGAAAAGUGAUCUCACGAAUAAGAGACACAAAACCAGUUUUAAUUGUCAAUAUUUUCUGUCAUCUGGAUGGUUAACUAUUGGUCUACAUAAAUUUAUUUUUUUUCUUACGGAAUGGCAUUAAGUGAUACCUAGAAAAUUAUUAUAUUUGUCUCUCCAAAAAGAAUUUCAUGUUAGAUUUUUUUUUUUUUGGUACUGGAGAUUGAACUCGGGUUUUUGCGCUUGUGAGGCAGGUGGUGGAAGCACUGAGCUAAAUCCCUGGCCCUCAUGUUAAUUUUUAAUUGAGGAAUGAAGUCUUUUAAAAGACCCACAGGUACGAGAGUCUUUUUUUUUUUUUUUUUGGUACCAGGAAUCAAACUUGGGACCUUGCACUUGUGAGGCAGGAGGCAGAACCACUGAGCUAGAUCACCGGCCCAUAAGAGUCUUAAUUAGAUUGUUUUUUAUGUUGAAAAUAAUAUUAAGUAGCAAAUGGCUUAGGUUAAGCCAUUUUUAGAUUUGUUGCUCUAUUCAACUUCAGAGAUAUUUUGUUGCCUAUUGCUUAAAUCUCAGAAGGGAAAGAAAUACCACAUUCAGAGUAACUUAACAAUGAAUAUGUGAAGACUGAAAAAGAGCAGAAGACGUGAACUGGAUUAGGGUAAUAUGUUUCACAGGUUAGAGCGACCUGUACCUAUCAGAUGAUGAAAUACUAAAUGACUGAGUUUUUACUGUUCAUGUUAGUUAAAAGUGGUGACAUUUUGAGAGACUUAUUUUUGAAUGUGCUUAAGUCUAUUAUAAUAACAAAAUUUUUAAAAACCCUGUGUAUCUAAGGGGAAGAAAGGUCAUAAUUUAGAGAUUAUUCUUAACUGUAAUGAUAAAGCCUAAAAUACAUACAUUGAUUAUUUUUCCUAUAGGAAGCAAAGUAAGUUCCUGCUGCUUUAAAUGAUAUGUAAAACGCCAAUAAUUUUUACAUUUGUGAGGUUGGUGAGAUCCCGUUUUCUAAUCUCCCUAGCAUUGUGAUGGUUCCUUACAAUAUUUGGACUGUCCUUUAAUUGGGAAACAGAGUCAGGCCAGGAAAAAGCCCUGGCUCUACCACCAGUGAAUGGUUAAUGGGGUGACCUUCAGGAAGCCCCUUCUCCCUCUGCUUCACUGUUUUCCUCAUCUGUGAAUGGGAGAACAGGCGAGUUCCAAGGUCUCUUUCAGUUUUAUAACUGUGGGUGUGUACAUUAGGUAUGUAUUUUCAACAGACAGUGUUGAAUGUCCAUUCCCCCUGUGAGUGUUUCAUCUCAGUCGCUGCCUUUCCCUCCAACUGUUUGUACGUGUCGCAGCUUAGGACUAGAUUGUAUCUGAGUGCAGAGAAACAGUUCAUGAGUUGCUGAGUUGGAUUUCGUCUUCUUUCUGUUUCUCUUGUGAAGACGAGUACAGUACCUUGUCUGAAAGGCCUCUGAGUUUUCACAGAAAGAGCUCCCAGGCUCCUGUUAGGGGUUAGGAGUGAGUGACCUUCCUUGUUGGGCUCAGUUUUCUUAGUGGGGAUAGCAAGAUGACACAUGUGUCAUGAAGGCUCAACUGAAUGAUGUGAGGCAGCCAGUGGCUACAGAGUAAGAACAAUAAUUGUAAUAAUUAUGGUUUUCAUGCAUGGAUUACAAUAUCAACAGAAUAUUAUUGGCUGAAUCUGUGGUCUCUGCUUGUAAAUGAAAGAAGUGUAGAAAUUUAAGAACAUUGAAAUUUAUUCAUGUAGGGCCAGAGAUUUAUCUCAGUGGUUCUGCUGCCUGCCUCGCAAGCACAAGGUCCCAAGUUCGAUCCCUGGAACAACAACAAAAAAAAGGAAUUUCUUCAUGUAUUUGGCACUGACAAUAGCACAGAUUAUGAAAUUGCUCCUUGCUGUGUCUGGCUGCAGGACCCUGUGCCCAGCAGUGACUUUGUUGUUUCUAAGGUACUGAUUCUUGGCCAGUCCUGAGGAAGUGUUUCCCGUGGAAGAUGUGAACACAAGCAGAGUCAGAGCACCACCCUUCAGAUGAUGUGCUGACAGAUGUCAGUAUGCACUGUUGGUACAGAUUAUACAACUUCAGGUACAGACAGAAGAGGAAAUAAAUUGUCAUGUGUAAUUAGUAGUGGGAAAUAUGUUCAGUAAUUAUUUUGUGUAUAACUUUGGAAAAAGUUUAUAAGUUAUUUAGAAGAGCUUUGGUAGUUUUAUUUUUUUAAGGCAGAAAUGUCCAUAUUAAGCAUAUAUACACAUAAUUAUUUUUCUGAGAAGCUAUAAGUUGGAGUGGAUAAUUUAAAAUUUUUCAUAUUGGUAUAAAAAUAAGUUUAAAGCUAAUAGUGACUUGAUUUUAGCUGGAUUAUCAAACAAAGAAGUCCAUCUGUACAAUUAAAAUUUUUCUUAUUUUGUUUUUUCUUGUUUCUUUUUUAUUAUUACAUCUUAUUUUGAUAGUUUCCUGGUAUUGUGGAUAAUCUGUCCAGGGGAUUUCUAAGUACUGUAAUAGAAUUUGUGCUAUGAAUAUUUAUGUUUCUUGUCAUGUUCAAGAUACUGUGCUGGCACCAGUUUCUUGUGACAUCAGCUACUGCAUUUUUGCACUUUGUUUGUGAUUUAAGGUGUUCUGUGAAGAGUGAGUACUUAAGGGACAAUGUUUUACCUAAUCUUUCUGGGUCAUAUCUGAUGGGUUGGGUUGCCAGUGUGUCUGACAGUUGUUUGUGCAGUUUCUGGAAUAAUUGCCUUAAUUAAUUUUUAAUGGAGAGUCAGUGUUCUGUUUGGUGCUUUGUAAAUUUAAGUAAAUGCUGUGCUUCAUAGGAUUGGUGACAAGGCAUGGUCGGCAUGGUGGUUGUCACUGGACAAUAAAGAAAGAUUUAUCAACUUUUUUUUGCCAGUGCUGGGGAUUGAACGCAGGACCUUCAGCAUACUAGGCAGGUAUUGUACCACUGAACUACAUCUCCAGCCCUUUUAAAAUUUUCUUUUGAGACAGGGCCUUACUAAGGUAAGGUAAGGCCUUAUUAGGUAGGCUGGCCUCAAACUUGAGAUCCUCCUACUUCAGCCUCCUGAGUAGUUGGGGUUACAGUACAGGCAUAUACCACCACACCCAGCACUGCAUCACUCUUGACUUGUAUUUUUAUGUUUUUUAUGUCUGUGGAUAUAAGAAGGUCCUGAGUUUUAUAGGGAAAAGAACUUUAUGGAUUAUCUUUCCUUUCAGAGGACAGAGAUACGGGCCAAGGGUUUAGCUCAUGGGUAAAGCAUUUGCCUCGUAUGCUCCCCAGCACUGAAAAAAAAGCAAACAUUGCAAGAGGCAGAGAUGAGACAAGUGGGUAGAAGCUGAGGGAGGUAAAUUCCAGGUUAAUCAGUGGCGAAGAAGAGUUUAAUCGUUGGCACAAUCCAGUAGUCCGGCCAACUCUGUGGCAAAGGGAUGGCCUAGCAGUACCAUAUGGCUGUUACUCCUGCCCUGGCUUGGACUAUUUAUUUGCAUUUGAGAUCCCACUAUGAUUCCUUGAUCAGGGCUUCAAAUCAGUGGGGGUGACGUACAAAGAAGAACAUACCCCCUUCAAGUAAAAGUGAGUACUGCUGCUUCUGAAGUUCCAUGUGUUAGGCGCUAGUGGUCUGUACUGUUGAAACUUACCAUGAUUGCCCUUCCAUCCAUUCUGGGAAGGGGAAGCUACUGAUUUUGGUGAAUAGCAGGACAAUAAAAAUAAUAAUUAAAACAUGGUCUUUGUGACAGUUGGAAAAUAUUCUGGUAUUUCUGUGAUUAAUGCUCCCAUUGAUUUAUUUUUUUCCUAUAUCUUUUUUUUCUAGAUUUAUAAUUUAUAAAUCUUAAAUUCAAAUAUAUUUAGUUAAAAUGAUUUUGUGAUUCAUCGGGCUGGCAUGGUUCAUAGGAAAUUACUGUGUCCUUUUCAGCUUCUAAACAGUAUCGGUUCUCUUCCUGACCUAUCUGUUCAGUGUAGUAGGCAUGUGCCAUGUGAGGCCUUAAAACGUUAGGGCACCUGGGCGAUGCUGAGCGUCUAGGGAGCCAUCCUUCAUCCUGGCUGCGAGGCCUCCAGGGCCCGGCUCCGGGCACUGACCAGAAGGUACUUUGGGGCUGACCCGCUUCUUGCCGUGACCAUGUAGUCACCACACUUCAUCAUCAGGUGGGCUUCAAGUAUCUAUCUGUAAAGUGUACUUUUUCGGUUUUAAGUGUCCUUACACUUUCAUGCCAUUGUGUUUGUUCUGCAGAUGAUUGAGGUCACUGGCAUGUUUAAACAUCGGUCUCUCCCUCUUCCUCCCUCGGUAAACUCCUUAUGUACCACACUAAAAAUUCUUACUUUGAAGAUUGCUAUUUAAUCUGAUUUUGUAGACAUUCCUUGCCUUUUCACAAUGUACAACUCUUAGGAUUAUAGAAGAGUGAUUCACCUUUGAAAUUUUAGAUUUUACUGAUUAAAAUGAAAACUUCUUAAAUAACAUUAUUCUGAAUAGUUUAGUAAACCCUUUUCAGUCCCUUUAUAUCACUGUUUCAACAUCGAAUCUCACAGCUAGCUCAAUAUUACUGUUUAAUGGUUUUUAGACACGUUAUCUGCUUAGAAAAUGUGGCAGAUGAUUUAUUCAAAGAUAUAUUUAAUGCCUUUUGCUGCCUAUUACUAUUUUAAAAUGUGUGUGAUACCUAAGUGAUAUGCAUAAAUAUAACUAAGACAUACUGUAUUUUAAUCUUCUAGACAUAUCUUGAUUAGAUACAUCUGUUGAUCAUUUAUAAAUGUAUACAAGGCAACUUACUGAUAUUAAAUAGAUACUGUUUUAUAUCAUUCUUUCAGGAAUGCAGGAUUUUCUCCAGCUUGUUCUCCCUUCCUCAGCCCAAUGAAUUUUUUUUUUGAAGUAUUAACAUUGCUUGUUGUAAACCCUGUUCCUACUUCCCUUGUUGGAACUUUUGUCUUCUCCACAUCUGGUGUUAGAUUUAUCUGAUCUUAACAAUUAGGCCUUCUUAAGAAGGGAUGGAUGCAGUUCAUUCCAGUCUGUUUAUAAAACUUCAUCACAGAAAGAGAUGAGUUUAGAACUAGUCAGUGUGUUGAGAUGGCUAAGCAGGUCCUAGCCUAAACCAGUGGUGGGAACCUAGUCAUGGCACAUGUGCUGCAGCUGGCUGUUUGUUAUCAUUGAAAGCUCUAUAAGGUUUGCCAUCACUGAACUAUCUAGAAGGAUAUAUGGAUCUAGCUUCUGAGGAAGUUUAAAUGGGGUUCCCUCCUGUUUGCUAUGUACCUGUGACAUGUGUUCAGCCUAGUAGCAGUGUAACUGGACUUUGCCUAUAAAAAUCAAAGCAGGAGCCUCACUAUAUUUAACUAAAAAGAAUGCCCACAAAUUGCAUAUUUAGUAGGAAAAAUCAAGGUACAUUAAUAUCAAAUUUUAUUAUGUAAAACUGUUGAAUAUUAACAUAGAAUACACCUUACAUGGUAAUCCAGGAUUUAUGGGAUUCUGGCAUAUCCCACUGUGAGCUUUUGUUUUGUUGGUCCUUAAAUUGGUUUUAAUUACUGGUAGUCUGUUGAGUACCAUUUGGGGGGAAAAAAGAGAAAAAAAGUUGCUCUUAGUGUAACAGAACUGAUAGCCAGAGAAAUUGUAGAAAUGGACACAUUAAAAAAAUUACUAUUUAAUUUUUAAAAGAAUUGCAUUAUUUUGAAAUUUGAAGGCAAGACACUUUCUGCCUUGGGCACUAUACAUUUUAAUUCAUUCAUAUCUUUAAUGGAGCCAAGUGUCCAAGUAACAAUUUGGAAGAUAGUGUAGUAAAUGAUAUUAAAUAAUUUUCAAUGUUAUUUUUUUACCCAAAGUAAUUUAUUCUUCAUGGUGAACAGUUGCUUUCUAUAGAAUGAUUGUUUUUUCUUUUAAAAAAUUUACAUGCAAAGAGAGAUUAUGAUAAAUAUUUUAAAUCUUAGGUUGUUGUUAUGAUUUAAUGGCUUAAGAAAGCAGAACUCUUGGUUCUAUUUAACCAAGAUUUGCAGAAGGAGAACACAUGUAUUUCACUGAUAUGUGCUGUCCAGAAAAAUUAUUUAAUUCUCAACAAUAUGUUGCAUUCUCAUAUUGUAGAAAUUCUGUAAUUUAUUUUUAAUUUUUCCCCUUGUUGACUUAGCGUAAACACCUGAAUGAAUAUCAGCUGACUCAUUUAUAUAUUAAUGUUUUAAAAUGUCUAUUUGCAAAUAUUCAUAGAACAGUUAAAUUUUUGAUGCAAUUUGCUAAAUUAUAUAUGAAGGCAAAUCUAUAUAUUUAAUAGGUGAGAAUUAUUAUUUUAUUACUGAAAUUUAUUUCCAAAGCAAAUUUGUUUUGUAGGUAUUUCACUUGGAAAAUUUUGUUUUAUCUCAAAAAUAGGGAAUAAACCUGUCUUGUGAUGUAGCCACCUCAAAGCCCCUAAUAUUACAUGUAGGAGGAUUUUGAAAUCGUUUGAUAACAUUUGUUUUUCACUUUUGUUUGGAUUAAACAAAAAUUGAGUUUUGAAUUGAAUUGAAGCCAUCAUGUUUUCUGAGUUUGCAGUUUCCUGUUGUGUCAUUAGGCACACUUGUAUGUACCUUCACCAUCCUGAUAGUAAGAUUUGUCAGUGUCUUCCUCUUUCCUCACUACAUUGAGAUUCUCAUUCUCAGUGGUCACAAUUUUACAGAGCAAAAACGUUUUUAGAAAUGGAAGAUGUGUGAGUUCUAUGUAGAAUGAAUGUGUUAGGAACAUCCAUCUGCCGAUCGCAUAGGCAUUGUUUAUGGUACCACACAGUGAAAUAGAUUGUAGGCAUAAAAGCAUCUAAUCAAUACAAAUCAAGAGGAAAGAAGAAAACUGUGAACUUCUAAUAUUUUUAAUAUAAAAAUUAUGUUUCCAAAUGACUGUUUUCUUUCUGACUUUGUGUUAAUGUUAUGAUCUAUGACUUGUAAGUUCAUAGUGAUAUGAGAUCUAAAUUUUCACCAUUAAUAUAGCAAUUCCUGUAGUCUAUUUUUGUAAUUUGUUUUUGAAAACAGAUGUCUUCUUAGAAAUUGUAUUUUAAGUGCAAAUAAAUCAUCCCAAUUUGAAAGUCAACAUGUUUUAUAUUUCAUUUCCUCCUAGUACAGAAUACAUUGCAUUGUUAAAUAUAUGUUUAAAUUGCCAAGAUUUUUUUCAGGUUUCUGUAUUUUCAUAUUGCUAUAACCAGUUUACCUACAACUCUAGUUGAAUUGUUAUUUAAAUAAAUGACAUUUGAUGGAA